AUGGCGCCUGCAAACCGAGCAUGGAUUCGGAGCAAGAUGGCAGCUAUCAGAAAGGCAUCAGGCAUCAUCUUCUCUGAAGAGAUUUUCCUGUCAAUGUUAAUUUGUCUUAUUGCCAAGAACAAGCAUCUGGUACUUCAUACUGUUCCUGAGACUGUACCUGAACUCAAGGCUAUUGUUGAGCAGCAUUCAGCAGUCGUCUUUGGAUUGACUACUGCUACAAUAGUUUGUCACGCACAGCAAACAAGGUCGGACAUCAUUGGGGCCAUCACAGGACGGCAUGCUGAUAUCAGUUCCUCAACACCAGGGCAACAUUCAUCCCAUGGUAAUGGAGGCGGUGGCGGCAGCGGCGCUGUCGGGAAUGGAAGUUACAUCGGUCAGCAUCCUCAUCAUCAUCACUAUCAAAACAACAGCAGCGUCUACAGUCAUCCACAUACGCCUUCAGGACAGUACUAUCAAUACUCUAACCCUAUGGAUGAGUAUGUGCAACGGAAUGCAAAGCUACGAUUUGAAAAGUCACGUAGAUCUGUUGCUACCAACUACUCCGAAGCAUCUGACUACAGCUUCCGACCACAUGCAGAAAAAAAUGGUGCGCCUUCCAUUGCCUCAUUUAGGACUGCGAGUGAAAGAGAUCCAGAUGGAGGGUCAAUCCGAAGAGGGGGGCACCAUUUACGUAAUGACUCUGGUGACUAUUCCCGUGGCGGCGGCGACGACUCAAGCAUGACUUUACGGCGGUCCGAGUCUAGAUCAAAGCAUACAGGCGAUGCAAUGGCGGAUCAUAUUAUCCACAGCCGUUCACGCAAGUCAACUAUGGUUCACAAUAAUCCGGAUUUUGAUGGAAGCAUUACUCAUCACAACAGUAUCAACAGUAAACGGAUACAAUCUCAGCAGUCACAGGCAGGAAUGAGCUUUUUACAUCCAGGAGUUGGGACGCCCAUCCAUUCUGCUUCUGGGCAAACCCCUGUGACACCUGUCGAUUUUACGUUUCCUCGACGACGACAUGAGAGUGUAUCGAAUUCUGGGAUUUAUAGCUAUAGCGGUAAUUAUGGCUAUGGUUAUAGUUUUGGCGGUGGUCCUGGAGGAGAGACAUCAGGGGCCACUUAUAUUGGGAGAAGGAUCGCUCAGGCUAUUAUUUUAGAGGGAUUGGAAAAUGCCAGCCAAGAAGUUUAUGCUAUUCUGCUAGAGAUGAUCAACAACAAGGAGAUCAAUGAUAAGAACCGAUAUAUGCUUCCAGACCUUCUCAUCGUUGCAAUCUUUAACUCACCUAAUAUUCCAGAUAAUAUACCCAAGCAACUGCUCGAUUAUUUUGCGAUCAAUGGAGCCUAUCAAUCUACAACACCUCAAUCACGGAUACAGCCUGUACCUGCCAGAAAACAUGCAUUAUUCCGAAGAACGGAAUGGGACGAACUCUCAAAGCGAAUGAAGAUGGUGGUAAUAUCGAACGAUAUGAUGAGGUAUAUACGAGAUGUUAUCGUGGGCGUCAGGACACACGAAGCAGUCCAUGGAGGCUUGACAGCGCGAGCAGCUUUGGAUCUUGAGGCCAUUUUGAGAACAUUGGCUGCAAUCUUCCAGUCCACCUUUGUGACACCAGAUCUGGUUACGAUUGCAGCGGACAAGGUCUUUUCUCACAGACUGGAGCUCAAAUCGACUAGGCGACGGAAGAUGUUUGCUUCAGCGAUAUGUGACCCAACACCUGUGACCACGUCCCCAUCGUCGCCGAUAUCCGCAGAGCCAUCUACAACAUUAACCACAAAAUUAGCGAAAACAACGAUAAAAGAUGGUAAACUCCCUGCAAAAGGAUAUGGUAGUCAAUUGAAUGGACAACAGCGACGGCGGCAGCGACAAAGGAAGCAUAAUCGUAGUAAUGCUAGUCGGGCUCAGAAAGACAAGGGAAGUAGUGGGGAUUCUACUCAGAGUAGUGAUGGCGGAGCGUCGUUCGUGGUGAUGUCUGAUUCAGACGACCGAUCAUUCAGUGGCAGCGUAGUUGUUUUUAGCGACUCUGAGGAGGAAGAAGAUGAGGAAGAUGAACUCUCCAGUAGUGAUACUAGUGAAGAAGAAAUCGGUCGCGGCCCUGGUAUUCACCGGGAAAAGCAGCCGAAGAGUGAAAGCUUGGAUCAUGAUUACAGGCAUCGCCAUGCGGGAGCACAGUUGAGGGCAAGAGUCCCUGGCACUGAUCCUAUGGACGAAAGGACUGCAAGCGAUGUAGUGCGAGAUGUACUUAGAGCUGUGUAUCCGCCGAUCUGA